AUGUUGUACUUGGAAUGUGAUCCAAUUCCAAAAGCUGUUGAGAAUGAGGAUGAUUUAGAUGAUGUACCUGUUGCUAGCCAUGAGGAAGAUGUUGGUGGUGGAGAGAGAGAGAGGGAUGCUGAUGCUGUUGAGCAGAGACGUGUUGGUGAGCAAAGGGAUGCUGAUGCUGGUGAACAGAGAGAUGGUGGUGGUAGUGAGGAGGAAAAGGAAAUUGACAGUGAUGAGUGGUUUACAGAUUUCUCUUGUAUGAGGAAUGAAGUUGAAGUUGAAGUUGAGACAGAUGGUUAUCAUUCAGAGGAGCUGAAAAUCCCCAUUAGUAGUGAUGAUGAAGAUGAGGAUGUUGAAGUUUAUCCUUAA